AGGCAUGGCAGAAGGCGCGCAGUGUGGCUGGGAGAGAGCGUUCUGUGAAAAGAACUUCCUGUCUCAAGCAAGGAUGGAAAUCAUUAUAGGAAUGAGAACCCAGUUGCUUGGCCAGCUUAGGGCCUCAGGCUUUGUUAGAAGCAGAGGAGGAGUCGAUAUUAGAGAUGUUAAUACUAAUUCUGAAAAUUGGGCUGUAGUUAAAGCUGCCUUAGUGGCUGGGAUGUAUCCCAAUCUAGUGCAUGUAGACAGAGAAAGCCUGGUUUUGACUGGACCAAAGGAGAAGAAAGUGCGAUUUCAUCCUACCUCUGUUCUUAGUCAACCUCAGUAUAAAAAGAUUCCCCCAGCAAAUGGGCAAGCUGCAGCCAUUCAGGCACUCCCUACAGACUGGCUUAUAUAUGAUGAAAUGACGAGAGCUCACAGGAUAGCAAAUAUCAGAUGCUGUUCUGUUGUAACACCUGUCACUGUGUCACUCUUCUGUGGACCAGCUAGAUUACCAAGUAAUGCUUUGCAGGAACCUUCAUCCUUUCGAGGGGAUGGGGUAUCUAAUGAUAACAGUGAUAGUGAGAUGGAGGACAAAACAACGGCUAAUUUGGCACUACUGAAGUUAGAUGAAUGGCUCCAUCUCAAACUGGACCCUGAAGCUGCUGGUUUGUUGUUGCAACUCAGACAGAAGUGGCAUAGCUUAUUUCUGCGUCGUAUGCGAGCUCCUUCUAAACCGUGGUCUCAAGUUGAUGAAAUAACUGUAAGAGCAAUUGUAACUGUUUUAAGUACUGAAGAACAGUCUGCAGCAUCUACGUGGAAGUCAACCAACAGUAGAAAAAGCUCAGCAGAAACUGAAUUCUCUGAUGACUCCUCUAAUGCUGAAAAGUAA